UCAAGGAGAUAGAGCAUCUAGCAAAAACAAAAUUAGAACUGCAGUGUCAAGCAGAGAAAGAUUGUUCAAACUUGAAUACACAGAUGAAAAUCAUGGAGAUUGAACUUGAAGAACAGCUAAACAAAAAUCAAAAUCUAGCUGCAAUGACAUCUGAAGUUGUUGACCUAAGACAACAAAUGGAAACUCUUGAAAGACAGCUGAAAAAUCAGAGAGAUUUCAUGGACAAACAAGCUAUUGAAAGGGAACAUGAACGUGAUGAAUUUCAAGAAGAAAUUCAGAAACUAGAAAUGGAGUUAAAACUUACAACAAAAUCCCAAGAUUCUGGAAAGUCCAGAGCCUAUCUGGUAGAAUCUCUCCACAAUGAAAUAAAAGAGAGAAUGGAUGAUUACAACAGGCUUUUUGCAGAAAAAGAGCAAAUAGAGAAAAUCCUUGCUGAUCGUAAUGAAGAAAUAGAAAGGCUGGAAGGACAGAUCGGGGAGCUGAACUGUCUGAAUAGGGAGGAGGCAAAGAAUGCUGAUAAACUCAUGCAGGAACUGGAAAAAAUGAAAAAGAAGGAAAUUGAACUAAAAGAAGAUAAAGAAACAUUGCAGCAGCAACAGAACAAAAAUUUAAUUCUGAUUUCCACUUUGCAGUCUAAACUAGAUGAAGUUAGACAAAGGGUACUUACUGAUACUAGUGUGGAUCAUAUGCUAAAGGAACAACUAAAAAUACAAGAAGAACUUAUAACAAAAAAAAGAGAGGCAGCAGAUUUAUUAGAACAACUUGAACAAUUUAAAGAGAAUUUAGUGAAUAAAAAUGAAGAAAUCUUACAGCUGAAAUCAAAGUUAGAAGUGGAAAAAAAUGCUAACAUCAACAAACUAACCCAACUGAAAGAAGAAAAUGCACACCUGAAAGAAAACAUUGAAAAAUUGGCCAUACAAAGUCAAAAUCCAGGUGAAAAUGAGCUGGUUAUUCUGCAGUUUCUGAAAUCCUUGCUUGAAGAAAAGAAUCAAGAAACUGAUCAUUUGAAUGAGCAAAUUGAGAGAUUGGAACAAAAAAUAGAGAAUAGCAAGGAAAAUGAGGUUCUGGAAAAGCAAAUGUUUGAAACUGAAGUCAUGAAAUCAGUUAUAGAAGAACUUCGUAGUGAGAAGGAGCAGUUGUUAAGAAAUAAAGCAGAAGAAAUUGAACAGCUCCAUAAAGUAAUUGAGAAGCUUCAGAAGGAGUCAGAAGUUCUUAUACCCAUAUAUCAUGAAGCUGAAAAUAGACAAGGCAAUCCAAAUGAUUUUUCUUUGGAAGAACAAGAAGAGAAUCUUGAAAAUAAAUUGACGGAAGGGUCACAAAGUCUUCUAGAAAACAAAAGGGAUAAUGACAACCGUGUGUUGUUUAAUAGCAGUCAGAAUGAGCUUCAGCGACAACUAGAAAUGUCUUUGAUGGAUAGAGAAGUUUUGCAACAGCUGCUUAAUGAAAAGGAAUCUCAGUUUAAAAUGGAAUUUAAAAUCCUAGAACAAAAUCUUGAAAAUGUUCGGGAGUCUUCUAGGCAGUGCUGUUCUGAACUAACAUCUUUACAGUUGUUAUACAAAGAAUUGCAAGAAGAACAUAAGCUUCUGAAGAUGUACAUAACACAGAAGGAAGCUGAAAUGACAGAGAUGAAUUCGUAUAGUCAAGAUCUUGAAGUUAACCUAAGAGAGAGAGAAAUAAAACUAUUAGAGAUAGAACUACAACUCCAAAUAGUAUCAGAGCAGAAAGUAGAGCAGGCAGCUAAAGUUCAACAUAUGACAGAAAAUGUUGUGAAACUUGAAAAUGAACUUAAAACUAUGACACAAACACUGCACAACAAAGAGACCACUUAUCAAAGAGAAAUAAGUGAACUUCAAGCUACUGUUGCAGAACUGAAGUCUGAAAUUGAGAAAAAGGUGGAAGAACUGGAAAUACUAAAAUCUGAAAAAGAUCUGUUUCACUCACAGUUGAAGACCCCCAUGGAAAAGGACCAAGACAAUUACCAGAAAGAAAUUAAAUACCAUAAGUCAGUGCUUGAUCUUGCUGCCUUUUUCCCUUCUGAAGAAAAAGAGGAAGAGGAAGAAGAAAGAGAUUUAACUAAUGUGCUUUCAGCAUCUACUAAAUAUCCUUUUCCACUGGAGGAAGAUAGUAUGACUCAUCUGCAGGUCUCCAGCAAAAAUCUGAAUAUUCCUAAUAAACAACCACAAGAUGUCCCUUUCAUUCAGGGAAAGCAAACAGAUCCUGAUGAAGUGCAGCAAAAUCUGAAACCUUUUUUUCAAAAAAUAUGGCAAUCGAAUCAUGCUUCUCAAAGCUCACAAAUCUCUCAAACAAUAUCAGAUUGCUUUCAAAAUAUAAUCACAAAUACAACCUUGUGGGAUUCGCCUGAGAAUAUGAGGAAAGAGAACAAAAGUUUAGAAUUCCAAGCAAGCCUUUCCUCAACACCCUUCUCAGAAGUUGAUAUGCAUAGUAUAGCCUUUGAAAGCCUGUGCUCAGAGAACUCAGUCAUCCAGGAAGACACCCCUAGAGUUUUAGAAUGUCCAGUUUCUUAUUCUAAUGGCAAUGAGGAAGCAGCAGCCAAUCUCCACGUCCUGUCUUCUGCAUUCCCAGAACCCACCUCUUCUAUUAACAAGUGCAAUGGUGUACAAGAAAAUGUAUCAGUAAGCGAUGCUGAAGUCAUUUCUCUGAUACCCUCUGAGUUACAAGAUGGUCUAAAACUGACAAUGUCCAGACUUCAAAGUGCAAGCACUGAAUAUGGAAGCAGUACUAGUUUAGAUUUAAUACUUCAGCUUAAUCAGGCAGAGCCAGGAAAUAAGGUUUACCAAGACAGCAAUGCCAUGGCUUCUCUGCAAUGCUUUGAAAUGACUCCAGAUGUCACUGCGGCAACAGCAAAAGAAACAGAAAUGUUGUCACAACCAUUGAAGAAUGUGCUAAAGAUGGUGUAUGACGAGAGUUACAAACUGCUAGUUCUGUCAGAAAAACCUCUGCCUCUUGAUGAUGGUGAUAAGAUUCAACAAGUUCCAUCAGUGGAGGGUUGGCAAAGAGAGAGACUAAUGUUGCUUGAUAUAAUACAAUCACUGAAGAGUUAUCUCAAACAAUCCGACAAAGAAAAUCAGGAGCAGCAGCAAAAGAGGGUUGUGGAACAUCUUUCAUCUUCAGACAGGAACAGCUUGCUUUCCAAUGUACAGGAUCUUGAAGUUGAGUUGAGACUUACAAAUCUUCAAAGCCAAGAGAAAUUACAGGAACUCCAAGAAACACUUGUAAAUACAGAGAAUCAUGGGGAAAAGCAAGAACACCAGCUUCAAAGACAGGUUGAACUACUAGAAUACAAACUUCAGCAAGAGCAAUCCAUUGCAAAUGACUUGCAGACUUCCCUAAAACGUGAACAAGAAAAAGCUUCUGAAAUGCAUGAAUUGCUGAAACAGGAACACACUGCAAUAUUGAAUUUGAAAUCAGAUCUUUGUGAGAGCAAACAAACAAACGAGAGGUUAGAAAAAUCUUUACAAAAAACCCAAAAUGAAGUAAUUAAAUACAGUUCUGUAUUGGAAAAUAAGGAGAGAAGUAUUACAGCAGCACUUGAGGAUUUACAGAGUGAACAUCUUAAAAACAAAGAAUUACAGAUUAUGUUGGAUGAACAGCAGCAACAGCAUAAAAUAAAAGAGGAUGAGAAAUCAAAAGCCAUAGAGGAGUUGCAAGCUGCCUUGGAGCUACAGUGUAUUCAGAACAAUCAAUUAACUGUGGCUUUAGAGCAUGAACAAUCAGCAAACAGUAAUCUCCGUAAAGAACUCCAAAUUGAACAUUCUCGCUGUGAGGCUUUAUUAUCCCAAGAUCAGAAUAAACUGUUGGACCUGCAGAAAAAUUUAGAUAUUGAGAAAAAACGAAAUACAGACCUUAUAAGUGCCUUGAAUCAUGAACGUGUUUUGACAGAACAUCUGACUAUGAGAUUAAAUGAAUGUGGGUCUUGUAAACAUAAAGAUUCAUUGCAGGAAUUGCAAACUCAGUUGCAUUUAGAAAGAUCCCAUGCCAGGGAGCUUUUAGCCAUAAUUGAGAAAUCACAGCAGCAGGUAUUUGAUUCAAAGAAACAAAUGAACGAAAUGCAAAUGUAUUGUAAAGAAUCUCAACAAGAACAAGAUCUCCAAAACACUGUUCAAGUUACACAGUCAAUGAUGCAAAAUAAAAAACAGGAUGUUCUUCGUAUUUUGGAGGUACAGAGAGAGAAAGAAGGACAAAUGAAAAGGGGAUGGGAACAAUUGCAAUCCGUUCUCAAAUCUAUGAGAGCUCAAGAGAUCAGGACAGUACAAAGAGAAAGAAAAAGGACCCAGGAACAACAAACUGAAUGUCACCAUCUAAAGACACUGCUAGAAGCUCAAGAAAGUCAAAAUGAGUCCACAUUACAACAUUUGCAGAACUGUAGAAGAUUCAAGGAAUUGCAACAAAUGCUAGAAGAGCUGAAGAAACAGGAAACAUUAUUAAAAAAAUAUAACCAAUUUCCCUCAAAAAAUAAUUAUGCUAACUUAACCUUUACAACUGAUACUGUAAGAUUGCAUGUGGAACAACAGAAAUUGGAAAACAUCAGAGAACAGCUGGUUCUUGUUGCUGCAUAUCUUUCUGAGUUCAUACAUGAAACUAUAGACAAAACAGUAAAUUGGUCUGCAUCAAAUGAUGAGAUAGUUGCAGCCUUACUUCAUGUACUUGAAAUUAAAGAAUUACUGGCUUCUUCCAAAUCUGGGUUUAUCCCUACAAGUAUAAUUCACUCUAUGCAAGCAUCAGAAAGGAAUAACCAGGAUAAGCAUGGUUUACAGAAUGGUUUGAAAGCAACAAACUAUGACGCAACAAAAAAUUUUGUGAUGGAAAACAAGCUAACUGUGAUGCCUUCCAGUCUAAAGAUGCAAAAGCUGUAUCGGAAGUAUUUGAGAGCUGAGAGUUUUAGGAAAGCCCUGGUUUAUCAGAAAAAAUACCUUCUUCUGCUUCUGGGUGGAUUUCAAGAAUGUGAGCAAGCAACAUUGUCCCUAAUAGCACGCAUGGGCAUUUAUCCUUCUCCUCCUGAUCUGAGUGUUUCUGAAUCACGAAGCCAUUUUUUUACCAAGUUCAGAUCUGCAGUCCGAGUAGUCAUUGCAAUAUUAAGGUUGAAGUUUCUGGUGAGAAAAUGGCAUAAAGUAAAUAAGAAAGAAAUGCUGCCGGAAGCCAUUUCUUCUAGCCUUGGACACAACUCCUAUCCCAUAGCUAGUAUAGAAGUACUAAAGCAACAACAGCCCUUCCCAGGUUAUGCUACUGAAGAAGGUGAAUACAGAAAUAAUCACACAAGACUUGCAAACUGCACACCUAAAUCCUUACACCAUUUACAUAACAGGUCUGCUAGUUUUACUUCACAAACUUCAUCAAAAGAUCCUGAACAUUCAUUAACUGAAUACAUUGUGCACUUGGAGGCCAUUCAGGAAAGAUUAGGAAUUCUUCUGCCAGGACAAACUACACAAGAAAACAGUUAAAUGUAGUGAGAACACACCUUGAAUCUGAACCAGAGUUCUUCGGUCACUGCUUUAUUCUCCAGUGAACGGCUUGCACAAGUGUUGCGCCCUGCGCUUACAGGAUAUUUCAACACUUUUGUUCAUUUGAAUAAAGGGGUCUAUGUGUGAGAGUUUUUGCAUCAGAUUUUAUAAAAAAAUACUUUCUGUGUUUUAAUUUAAUAUACUGAUAUUCCAUGUAAAAUAAUCCACAGUUUUUAAUCAAAAUUACUAGGAAGUUUACGACUAUAAUAGCUUUCCUUUCCUGUAUUAUUAAUGCUAAAUACCAGAAUAUCUUUUUAUUAAAAAUGUUC